GAUCAACUUGCAUUCAUGGCAAAUGGAGAUAUAACAAUAGGAGGAAUUUUUCCUUUGCACUACAGAGUGGAACUACCAACAACAGACUACACAGAGAAACCUUUGACAGCACAGUGUCAAGGGUUUGAUUCCAGGGCAAUGCGCUGGGCUUUGGCCAUGAGGCUUGCCAUUGAGGAGAUCAAUAACAGUGCUGACUUACUGCCUAACCACACACUGGGCUACAGGAUCUUUGACUCCUGUGCCACUCCAGUCACAGCUCAGAGGGCAGUUUUGGCUGUACUGAAUGGCCAGGAUGUUGCUGAGAGCUCCAUGUGUUCUUUGCUUGCUAUAGUUGGAGAAUCUGGCUCUUCACAAUCCAUUGUUGUCUCUAGAACACUGCAGCCUUUCAGUAUACCCAUGAUAAGCUACUUCUCAACCUGCUCUUGUCUGAGUGACCGGAAACAGUUCCCGACAUUUUUCCGAGUAGUCCCAAGUGAUGACUAUCAAGUAAAAGCCAUUGCUCAGCUUUUGAAGAAAUUUGGCUGGAGGUGGGUCGGUGUGGUCACUGAAGACCAUGAUUAUGGCAGGUUUGCUUUACAAGGGCUUAAGCGAGAGAUAGAAAACACUGACAUUUGUCUGGCCUAUCACGAAAUGAUCCCCAAAGAUUUCCGGCAAGAGAGGGUCCUUGAGAUUAUGAAUGUGAUGAGAAGGUCCACUGCAAGAGUGGUGGUUGUGUUUUCCGGUGAAGGGGAAUUUUACCCUUUCUUAAGAGAAUUCCUGAAUCAAAACAUCACAGGGAUCCAGUGGAUAGCCAGUGAGGCCUGGGUUACAGCCUCAAUAUUAGCAGAAACAUACCCAUUCCUAGCUGGCACGAUUGGAUUUGCUGUCCGUCAAGGAUAUGUGCCAGGGCUGAAGGAAUAUCUGACAACGGUUAACCCACAGAGGUAUCUUUCAAACCCACUGGUGAAGGAGCUGUGGGAGGCUCUUUAUGGAUGCUCUCCUUUGUUUUCCAACACUAGCACUCAGCUGCCUCUCUGCACUGGGCAGGAGACCCUCAGCAGGCAGCACUCUGCUUAUAUGAACACUUCCAGUCCUCGUGUGACUUAUAAUGUGUACAAAGCAGUGUAUGCCAUUGCUCACUCCCUACAUAAUCUCUUUCAGUGUGUGCCUGGAUAUGGGCCUUUUAAGGAGUCUUCAUGUGCAGACAUUAAUGAUAUCCAUCCAUGGCAGCUUCAGCAUUACCUUCAGGAAGUGUCUUUCUCAAUCUCUGGAGAACGUGUGAACUUUGAUGCCAGGGGGGAUUCAAUCCCAUCUUAUGAUCUAAUAAACUGGCAGAGAGAGACAAACGGAGACAUCAACUUUGUCAAAGUGGGUCUUUAUGAUGGUGCAAGGGACGCUGGGAGAGAGCUACUUAUCCAGGAUCAGGCAGUUGUGUGGCCUGGCAACCAGAGCAAGGCCCCAGUAUCUGUCUGCACUUACAGCUGUGCUCCAGGAUUCAGAAAGGCUACCCGCCGUGGGGAGCCUCUGUGCUGCUUUGACUGUGUACCAUGUGACAAUGGCAAGAUUAGUAAUCAGACAGAUUCAAUAGACUGCAUGGCUUGCCCUGAAGAGUACUGGUCCAAUAACAACGGAACAGCAUGCAUCCCCAAGGUCAUCGAGUUCCUCUCUCAUGGGGAUACAAUGGGAGUUGCCCUGAUGGCGAUAGCUAUUGUAGGGUCCUGUCUAACAAUUGCUGUACUGGCAAUAUUUCUGCACCACAGAAACACUCCCAUAGUGCGAAUCAAUAACUCAGAGCUGAGUUUCUUCAUUCUAAUCUCCUUGACGCUGUGUUUCUUGUGUGCGCUGAUCUUUAUUGGAGAGCCCACGUCCUGGUCAUGCAUGCUGCGCCACACUGCUUUCAGCAUUACCUUCUCUCUGUGCAUCUCCUGCAUCUUGGGCAAAACGUUAGUGGUUCUGGCAGCUUUCACAGCCACCCGGCCUGGAAACAAUGUGAUGAAGUGGCUCGGGCCUACGCAGCAGAGGAUCAUCAUCUUCAGCUGCACUCUGGUCCAGAUGAUCAUCUGUGCUGCAUGGCUCAUAGCCUCCCCUCCAUUCCCCUACAGAAACACGCAGUAUCAGCACUCCAAGAUCAUUCUGGACUGCAGUGUGGGCUCUGCCCUGGCCUUCUGGUGUGUGCUGGGCUACAUUGGUUUUUUGGCUGGCCUGUGCUUCAUUUUGGCCUUCCUGGCUCGCAAACUGCCGGGAAAUUUUAACGAGGCUAAAUAUAUCACCUUCAGCAUGUUGAUAUUUUGUGCAGUGUGGUUGGCCUUUGUGCCUGCCUACGUCAGCUCACCUGGUAAAUUUACCACUGCUGUUGAAAUAUUUGCUAUUUUAGCUUCUAGCUUCGGCCUCCUUUCGUGCUUGUUUGCUCCAAAAUGUUAUAUUAUUCUACUCAAACCAGAGAAGAACUCCAAACAGCAUCUAAUGGGCAGGGCAACAAAAUAA